AUGGAUGGAACAAGAGUAGGAGCAACAGGAGCACUUUUGGAAAUAUCUUUUGAUGAUUUAUGUUUCUAUGAGCGUUGUGGAGGUGGGACAUUUGGAAGUGUCUAUAGAGCAUUAUGGCGAUCCCAGAACAUGAUUGUCGCUGUGAAAAGGUUACUUGUUUUAGAAAAAGAGGCAAGUGAAUUAAAUUUUAAAUCUGACUUAUAUUUUUUACCAGUCUAGAACUUUUUGGUAAUUUUGUUGCUGCUUAAUAUAUUUUGACCCUUUAAACCAGGGGUUUUAAACUCGCUGCCCGCGUGAAAUUUGCGGCCUGCAAGACGAUAUUUUGCAGACCGCCACAUGACAGCAAAGUUUAGUGCAAUGGGUCCGUGAUUUUUCCCCAUUCUCAUAUCUAUAACGUGACCCUCUGUGACGGUUUCAAUCUAAUCUCACAGACUAGUCUAAUUCUGAUUUUUAUUAUAUUUGUAUAGCUUUGGACGUUGAUUAUAAUGGUAAAAACUGUUUCAAAACUGAACUAAAAGUAUUUAUUUUGUAGCAUUUUAUGAGACAAACAUGGCCAAAGUGCGGUUUUUAGAAAAUUUUAACAUGUCAGUGAAUAAUGCACAACCAUAAUUGUGUAAAUCGUAGCAAUCUGACACAGUAUCAAAGAAUCCCUAUUAAAAUUGCCUCUCCUGUUAACGAGUUAAGGAAAUUCCAAGCAUAUGAGCUGGGUUCCAUUUCAAAAUGGGGUUAGUCAAAAAGUCCUUUACUACGAUAAAAAAAUCAAAAUUCAUUCUCCCUACAAUAGCAUCUUCCUUCACAUUAAUAAUUCAUUAGUAUUGCCUGUCCUACCUACUGUUUGAACACAUUUUAGCAUUUUAAGCCUUCAUGAAGAAGGAUGAGGUGGUUUUUCCUGUACUAAGUGAUCCCAAAUGAUUCAUGGACUUGUAACUUCUUGUUGAGUACAUUCAGUUCCUGUGUAAAGUCAACAAGAAAAGACUUGUCAGUGUUGCCUAUGAAAAUGUCAGGGCAUUCGACACAAAACUUGUGUUAUAGUUCUUGGAGAAACCUCUGCUGUUUCUCAACAUGAAAAGUACUCAUGGAUUCGGGAACACCAUUCAGUAGUGAGUAUAUUGAUGACAUUGCACGGCUACAGGAAGAAUUUGAUCACAUGUUUUUAGACUUUAAAACACAAAGAGUCAUUUUUCAACCUUCUGCUGAGCCUUUCUCCUUUAUAGUGGAAGAUGCGCCCCACCUCCUACCCCCACUUGCACUUCAAAUGGAGCUGAUUGAUCUUCAGUGCCAUCAGGGACUGAAUGGAGAAACAGAAAAGCAAGGACAAUUUAUGAGAGCAUUGCCCUCCACCUUCACUGAGGUUUCCAGGUUGUUCAAGCAGAUCAUAUGCCUUUUUGGGAGUACCUAUCUGUGUGAAAAGCUCUUUUCCCAGUAUGAAAUUUAACAAGUCAAAGUUCAGGGCCAAACUUAUUGAUUAGCCUCUUUAAGCUGUACUGAGGGUCUCAGUUGCUUCCUCUCUCAAGCCAAAUGUUGCUCAGCUGUGUAAGAAGAAGCGCUGUCAGAUUUCUGGCAACAAGGAGUAGGAGGAAGGAAGUGAAGCCUAGUUCUUGAGAACACUUAAUGUUUUUAUUUUGUUAUUAAUAAAGGUUGAGCAGUUGUACUUUAUUGAAUUUGUGAUCGCUUUUUUUUUAACUUGAUGCGGCCCCCGUCUCACUCAGACUCUACCUCCUGCGGCCCCCUGGAUGAUUUGAGUUUGAGACCCUUGCUUUAAACAGUCUUUAUAAAUCUUACAACAGUUAAUUUUUUUUACACUAUUAAAUUUAAAACUUAAAUAUGAAACUUUUUUCUAUUGUUUGCUAAACUAUAAUAUUAUAUAUUAUAUUUGUACAGGCACAAGUUUUAAGUUCUCUGAGUCAUCGAAAUGUCAUCAAAUUUUAUGGAGCAGUAAUACAAGACCCAAAUUAUUGCUUAGUUACAGGUUGAAUUGAAGAAUAAUAUAAACAAUUCUUUGUAAAUUUAUAUUUCUCCCAAGGGAGACAUGGUUAUAAAAUGAAAGUUAAAAGUUUUUAACUUAAGAUAUUUUUGUUUUAAACACCUUACAACCUAUUAUAAGUAAAUAAUAUCAAGAAAAAAAAUCACUUCAUGAUUAUUGUUACAAACUUAUCUUCAUUUAACAAGGAUAAAAAUGUAAUUUUGAACUUUUAAAUAAUUUAUGUUAACAACUUUUAAUGCAAGGAAUGCUAUAUUUAUUUUUUAGAAUAUGCCUCGAAUGGGUCACUCUAUUCCUAUAUGCACAACCCUGAUAAUGCCCUAGAUUUUCGACAGAUUGUCAAAUGGGCCAUUGAAAUAGCAAGAGGUAAAACAAAAUAUAUCUAAAAGUGACAGAACAAGUUAAUUAGCGCAGCUAACACAAUUUAAAUAACUAAAAUCUGAGAUUGAUAUCACAUUUUCAAAUUUAAAUAGACAUGAAAUAACUGAUGUAAGUUACUUUAAAAUAGUGUUUCAGAAUUUGUAUUUUAAAGCAGAUAAUGGUUUCGCCUCUCAAAUAUACUAUUCUUUAUAGAAAAAUAUAUUCCUUUUGUAUACAGCAUCUAUAUGCUUAUUUGAUAAAAAUCUAUCAAAACAAGAUUUUCUUUGGCACAGGGAAAAUGACCGGCAUAGGCUCUGCCCUGACUGUGGUUUAUCUUCACACUGCAGCGAAGGAAUAAAUUAUUAUGAAGAUUUCGUCUUAAAUUGUUUUGAUUUCUUUCAUACCUUUUUUUCUUUGACCUUUGAUACAUAAUGUAUACUUCGGACAGUAAACUUUAUUUCAUCUGUACAUUUAUUUUUCUUUAUUGUUUAGGUAUGAAUUAUCUCCACUGGGAGGCUCCUGUCAAAGUCAUACACAGAGACUUAAAAUCUAAAAACAGUGAGUACACUAGCUGCACUAAACUUAUGGUUAACUGAAAAGACAGCUGUGUACAUACAGCAAGAACUGUUUAAACAUACUCAUUUCAGUAUACUAUUAAGAAAUAACGUUUUCUCUUUCCCUUAAUUUAAAAACAUAUUUGCACAACUAAAAAAAAAAGAGGCAUAAUGAUAAUUCUUAUUCUAUAAUAUCAACAUUUAAUGAUAACCUAUUACCUGAGAUUAUUUUCAUUAUUUGGAUGAAAUAUGUCAUGCUGGUGAAACCAUUCUGUUGUACUUUUUUUUGCUACAGUUGUUAUAUCCGAGGACUGGACAUGCAAGGUACUUUUAAAUACUGAAUGAAUUUUUUAAUUUUACUAGAUGAGAACUGAUAAGAUAAAUGAAACAUUACUUAAGUCAUCAACUUGAUUAAAGUUGAACUGUUAACGUAAUUUUUAUAAUUUACUAAUGUAUAAUAUAAUGAAUCAUUUUGACUAAAUCUCUUGAAAGUGUGAAAUACAAUGAAAUUAAACAUAAUUCAUAAAUAAACAAAAUUAACUUCUUUUAUUUAAAUGAAUUCAGUAUGACUGUCUAUAACAUAUAAAAUUGAAAAAAAAUUUGAUCAACUAAAAAGUCAUUUAGAGUAAAAUAGUUUACCUAAUUGGAAGUAUUUCAUUAAAUUCAGUAAAAAAAUAUUUUCAUCCAGCUAUGUGACUUUGGGGCCUCUAGGUUUAUUGGAAGCACUACAAAAAUGUCUUUGGCUGGCACAUUUCCUUGGAUGGCACCUGAGGUAAGGAUUGCAAAUGUUAUUCAAACAUAUAUUGUACUUGAAAUGCAGUAUACGACAACUGGAAAUCAUUAACUCAUUAAUAUUUUUAAACUUGACUUGGGAUUUAGCUUUGUACAAAUUUAACAUGUUUUUCAUUUAAGGAAUAACUUAGGAUUUUAAUUUUACAUUAUAAUGAUAUUGAUUAUUUCUUUACAUAAAUUUUAUUGUAGCUAAGCAUUGUCAGUCAUUGUUUUAUAAUUUUAAUUACUGUUAAAAGGAUUUUUUUACAAUGUCUUUGCAUGUAUUUACUUUUAAUAUUCUGUUGUCAUGAAUAUUUUCUUGUUUCUCAGGUUAUUCAAAGUUUUCCAGUUUCAGAAGCGUGUGAUACAUGGUCCUAUGGAGUGGUUAGUAAAAUAAAGUUGACAUGCCCAUUAAAAUACAGACCUGUUUACUCUUUAGAUUUUUGGCAUACAAUUAACGAAAUCGUCAUGUCUUUUACGAUUGUACUGAUACCAACUAUGAUUUUACGAGACGGGCUAUAUAUUAAAAAUAUAUUCCAUGGUUUAACUACUUAAAUGAAUUUUUAAAAUCCUUUUGUUUGUAAGUUUUAGCUCCUUUCUACACCCAGCUGUUAAUGGAGAGAGAAAAAGGAUUGGCUGGGAACCAUCCAUAAUUAUAUUAUGUACAAUCUGAAAGGGGGUGUUGGUCCCUUGGAAGCGUAAGAGUGUGCAUGGGAGGGAUUGGGAGGUAUCUAAAUAUUUUUAAAGGCUAUUAAAUAACACCACCAUGUUUUGUAAUGAUUGUCAUAUUAUUGCUUUGGGUUUUCACAAUGAACUCUCUAAAUACAGCAACAAUACUAUUUAACGUAUUCUUCCUAGUGACAAAAAUUUGCUUUUGUUUGCUUCGAUGCUGUAUAAUGUAAUUGUAUUACAUAAUUAUUUCAUUCUUUGGCUGAUUGUGAAAAUGGAGAAAACUACGGAUUUUAAAAAUAUGCAUUCUCAUCUGCUCUGCAAAGUACCAUUUUAUUUUGACACUUUAUAAGAUCUAGUAAGUGGCACAUGAAAUCUAUUUUUAGAAGUCAUAAAGUAGCUGUACAAUUUUAAUACACCAGCCUUACCUCUUACCUUCUCCCAAUACAGCUUGCGUUAGUUAUUAGAUUAUAGUAUGUUACCGGAAAAUAAAAUCAGGAUCCUAGGCUUAAUGCAAGGGCGGCGGCCCACCACAUUAAUUAUCGUGGCCUGCUGGAUGUAUCACUUAUGAACUUAUUUCUUCAUUCAAUUAGCGAUUAUUUAAAUUUUUGACAUAAAUGUACAUUUGAAAUAUAAAUAGAUCAUUUUUAUUUUACGGUACGUUCCAUUUUAUGUGCUUGCCCCUGUUUUGGACUGAUUUAAAAAAGAUAUAUUGAAAUAAGUAAUAAAUUAUCAAAGAAAUUUUUACGACUAAAUAAAAAGGAUUUAUCUAAACAUAGCUAGAUAAGUAGAACCUAAUUUUACACAAACAUUAUGAUUAAGUGUUAGAAUGAUACAAAACUAUUUUCAGGUAUAUGCAAAAUGCAUCCUUGCAUUUUGAAUUUAUACAAAAAUUUCUGAAAGGCGGCUUAGCAUCUUCGCCCAAACGCCACCCACACUUUUGCAUGAGUGACUUUGGCGGGUGUUCCAAUUUUCGCUGCCUCACUACAUCUUCGUAUUUCAAAGUGGAAAAUGUUGGGCCCCUUUUUUAUUUGCAAAAAUGUAGUGUAUACAAAUAUAUAAACAUCAGUCAUCUACUUUGAGAAUUAACCUUUAUUAGACAUGCUUUGCCAAUAGUUAUUGUAUACGUUAUACUGCAUGUUUAUUUAUUUCCCAUUACAAUAAACUAUUAUAUUAUUUUGGGAUUGUUCCAUACUGUCCUUAGACUAUAUAAUAUAUUGUACUAUUAUGGGAGUUCCAGUGUAACCAGCUCUGAAAAUAUAGUUUAAAUUUUUUUAUUAAAGCUGAACAACUAAAAUAUAUCCUUUGUCUGAAUUAAAGAUUGCAGAUAUGUAAAUAUUUCAAAUUUUAAAGAAAUUCCUACUUUUUCGAUAGCUUUAAGUUUCUCAGUGAAAAAGGCCUCUGAUAGUUAUUUGUGAUCAGAUUUUUCUGCCAUUUCCCUACUUGCCUCUCAUCUAAAAUAAAUAUAAAGCCAAACUAGAUUGAAAACAGCUGAGUCAUUUGGAUGGCAACUUAAAGGAUUAAUAUGGAGAAUUAUGACUAGAUCUACAUAAAAUGGGCAUAGACUUAACUCUUACAAGUAUUCAUUUUAGAAAAACUUCAUCAUUGUUAAGGUUGAUGAAUGACAGGAUUUUUGUCAUUGAUCAGUUUAAUUUUUUUUUUUAAAUUGUUCUUUUCCCAGGUUCUUUGGGAGCUGCUUACCAAAGAAGUCCCCUUUAAUGGUAUAGAAGGAUUUCAAGUGGCUUGGCUUGUGGUGGAAAAGGGGGAGGUCAGUAAAUUUUUUCUCUUCUGUACACGUUUUAUUUUAACUUCUAAAAAAAAUUAUUUUUAUACUUCUUAAUGUUUUACAUGAAUUUAAAGAUCAUUUUCAAUAUUUAAUGCUUUCAGAGGUUGAUGAUCCCAAGUUCAUGCCCACCAAGUUUCAAGAAAAUGAUGGAACAAUGUUGGCAGCUUGAGCCCAAACUAAGACCAACUUUCAUUCAAAUACUACAGAAGUUAAAAACUAUGUCUGAAGAUGGUAAUAAUUGUACAAACUUAUUGGGGAAAUACUCUGCAAUAAAUAUCUUUAAAAAAAAAAAAUUAAAAAAUUCCAAGUUAAUGCAAUUGUUAUUUAUUUAUAAUUUUUAACACGUUCACUGAGUUUCCUAAUGUCAUAUGAAUGGGUGUGAUAAUAUACCAUCAUGACUUUAAAGAUAUGAUUUAAUCUUAUCUCUAAAGGAAAAAAGUGGCUAGAUACUGAUGAAUUCAUUCUGGUCUCACUGAUAUACCCUAAAACUCAUCUGGAACAUAUCUACUUAGUUAUUCAUACAAAUUUUAUUAUACAAAAUUUCUGAAGAAAAGAAAGAUACAAAAUUUUCUUGUCAUAAUUUAUCAUGUGCUUUUUAAAAGAAUUGAAAGAAUAUAUUUUGUCUCUAGAAUUUUUGCCUGACCUUACUAACUCCUUCUUGGACCACAAAGGCAUUUGGAAGUGAGUACAAUGCAAUUUGUCAAUUAAAAAAAAUUAUAAUCUAUUGUUCUAUUUGUUAUUCAUGGAACAUGUAAUGAAAGAUAUGUUAAUUUUAAUUUAUUAUUUUAAUGUAAAAGAUGUGAUCUUUAUUGAUAAAAUUAUAAAUUUUUUAAAGUAUGCAAAUCAUAAGUAAAAACAAAAAUGUUUAGCAAAAAAAACUAAAUUAACAGAUGGUUAUAAAUAUAAUAAAAUACCUGACUAAAACCAUUUAGAUUCAUAAAAAUGUGUUUGCUAAAUUUUUUAGCAGAUUUACUUUUGAUUUCUUACUACUGUUGGUUUUCACUUCAUUUUGUAAAUUCUGUUGUAAAUUUUUUUCCGACCACAUUCCUCUGAUAAAAAAUUAUCUGAGCCCAUUGAGUAUACUUUAUCAGUAGUUUUUGAUGAAUGAUUUCUUACAAAAUAUUCCUGUUUUGUUCUGUCAUAAGUAAAGCUUUGUCCUGCUUUGUAAAACUUUAUAUCUUUGAACCAUUAUGAACUCUAACCCUACUUAAUUUAUAACAUAUCUUUUACUUCUUGUUGCUUAAAAUAAUUUUGGUCAGUCUAUGAUUCUGUUUUAAUCUGAUCCAAUUUUUUAAAGUGUUUUAAAAUUAAGAAUUAUUAAGUCUCAAGGAACAUCCUAACCAUAAAAAAAAAACUUUCAUAUUCAAAGCACAAAAGUUUGUCCCAUUGAAAGGUCACACUUGUUCAUGCUGUUGCCUCUGAAGAUUGUAUCUAAAUAAUUUGAUGGGUAAAGCCUGAGAAAGAAAACUUUCAUUCUAGGUUUUAUGAAUCUAACCAAAUGUCAGGUUGAAAGUCUAUGACCUUGAAUAAAUACCAACUCAAACAAUUGAUUAAAAAAUAAGAAGAUGCUUUUUAUUCAAGAUUCAAAACAGUUAAUACAAUCUUGCCACCGCCUUUAGAUCAAUAUUUAAAAAAAAAAUCAUGCUCACCCCUGAGCAACUGAAUGACCAAAAAGCUUUUAUGUAAAGAAGUAAUGACAUUAAUUUUGUUGUUCGGUUACUGAGAAGCUAGUAUGGUUGUUAUAAAUAUAAAAUUAUAUUCUGAGAUCAUAUAAUUUUAUUUCAAAGUGGUAACUGUAGUUUCUAUCUAUUAAAUUUAAAAAUAUGUUUUUUUUUAAAGAUUUAAUGUCAUAGUGCUUUUAAAACAAUUUCCUUAGAAAAGAGAUUCAAGCCACUCUUGAACGACUGAAGCGUGCAGAGAAAGAUAUCAGUCAUAGAGAGCAAGAGCUAAAGGAUAGGGAACUUAAACUCAGGGAACGAGAGCGAUCCCUUGUCAAGCAGUUUAAAAUUGUGGUGAGUUAUUCAAUAGAAUUCAGAAAUUAUUUAAUGAUUUUUUUAUCUUGUUUUCGUGUUAUAUUUGUUAUAUAUUAGUACUUCCUUCUGCACAAAAACUUAUAAUGGUGAAUAGUCACUGUUAUAUUUAGUUAUAAAGAAUAAUGGAGACGAUGUGGUUCAAGCAAUGACUAAUUUUAAUAUCGACAUUCACAAUAUCCACAAUAAUAAAUAUGUUUCACGGAUAUAUGAAGAUACUUUGAAACACAUCACACAAAUUUCAAUUCUUAUUAUGCUUCCAUAAUAUAAUCUUCUUUUACUUGAAAAUAUUAUUAACAUAAUCCUGAUACAUGUCAACGUCUCUGUUCACUCCACCAUUAUUAUCUAUUUUCCUUUUUAUCCAAUCUAAUAAUGGUCUCAAGUCCCAAUACUUUGUAUAAUAUGCACAAUAUAUAUUAAGUAUAUUACUUGUCUCCCAUUAGUGGUUCACACAUUCUUAAUGAUAUCUGGGACAUGGAAGCUUAUGUUAGUGUCUGCUGUUUUCUUUGUUUGCUGUUUUUUUUCACUGGAAAACCGCCCCCCUGACAUUUACUAUAGCAGAAACUGAUCAAGUUGAAUGCUUACGUUAAUCUCUGGUGUUUUUGUGGCAUUUUUUAAAGAGGCCUGUUAAAUUUUGUUGUGAUUUAUGAAAAAUAAUUAAGUUUACUCCAUUCCUCAGAAACUAGAGGAUUAUGAUGUGAACACAUGGAGGGAUGUUGAUGUGGUGAGUUAACACUUUUUAACAAUCAAUUAUAAUUCAUUUAAGGUUUGUUAUGUUUUUUUAAAAAUCUGCCCUAGUUUAAAGGGAAACAUUUAUUCCAAGCAUAUAAUUAUAAGAAGCAAGAAAUAUAUUCUUUUAAAUAUAAUGACCUUUGUAUAUUUUUCACUUAGUUUCAUCCUUUGUUACAGUUUGUCAUAUUUCAUUUUGUUGCCAUCUCAACAUUUAAAUGAGUCUUUUUUUUUUCUUCAGUAUCAGUGGGUCAUGCAGCUGAGUAUAUCAGGUAUUUAAUAAACAAUUACUCAUUAGCUAAUAAAUAACCAGGGUAUGUUGUAAGUAAAUGUAAGUGCUGGAUUAUUUGUGAGAUCAUUUAUAUCAAGAUGAACAUUUUCAAUUUAAAAAUAUAUAUUUUAGAAAUUCAUAGUUUGAGUUUCCUUGCUGCUCUUUUUAAAUUAACAUUCCAGAUAUAAGCACACAUUUUUACUAUCUUUAUUUUUAAAAAUAUUCCUUAUAAAGGUCAUACAGCUGACCUUGCCCAAUAUGGUGACCUGUUUCUACAGAACCACAUCACAGGACGAAGAUUAUUGCGCAUGCAACCUAAAGAUUUGAAAGAGCUGGG